AUUAGUGAUUCUGAAUUGUUUUUCGAUGAUUGAAUAAAGUGAAAUGCAUAACUUGAAAAUCAGUUUUUAAGGCAUAGUGACAUGAAGCAGGAUUAAUUUUGUGAUACUGAAUAUUAAUAAUAAUCACACUGAUUGUCGUACCGGAGGAACACACUUCAAAAUGAAGGCUUGGCAUCUAUUUCAAAGAAGUCGCUUGACAUGUGAUUCUGUCUUAAGCACAGACUUCUAGUGAUUUGAAUGGAAAUCUGAUACAAACCGUGAAUAUUUAGAACGCCCUUUAAAAAAAAAACUAAAUUGGAAACUUUUAGACUUCUCCAACCAUAAAGAAGAGAAACUAGACCAACAAAUCUGGAAGAAAUAACUUGUCACUCGAAGGAAAUCAGAAUGUUGCUAAUACAAAGUUCCGUGUGACAAGUCCAGCAUUGCAACCACGAGCUCGACCAUGUCUGAGCUUAUGACCGUCAUUCCCCAAGUGUCUUCGUCCCAGUGCUGCAGCGGCGGAAGCAGCCUGAGCGUGGUCCCCAUGGCGUGCCGCAGCCCCGACUCGCCGCCAACACAACACUUUCGCCGCAGUUUCUCGCGAGUGUACUACGCCUCCGAGGACGGCUGUUGGCCGGCGCACAGCUUGCCCAGGGACUUCUGGAAGCGCUCCAGGACGCAGAAGGAGUCCGCCAUCCAGGAGAGGGCCGAGGAGACGUUCAGUUCCGGCGAGGACGCUAUCGAGGGCGAGUUCUCCCUGGAAGGUCCUUUCGUAGGCUCUCUCCGAGGAUCACCUUCCCAGCGCUCGCAAGACUCGGGUUACUCGGACUCUGGGGAGUCCACUGUUGCGCAGCAGGACAGCGACUCCUCGGCGGCCGCCACUCCUCCCAGCGUGAAGCACAUCACGAGAAUUUACUUCGGCGAGAACCUCCACUUGUACAACGACAAGAUCGUUUGCACGUCGCCAGCGGGAGUCGCGCCGGCCGCCCAGGGGUCGGCGGGGCGCAGCGGGAAGCGCGAGAACCGCUGGAAGAACCUCGACUCUUUCCAUCGGUCGGAUCUCGAGGAAUUGGCGGAGGAGCUGGAGCACAAGAGCGUGCUGGAGAUCGGACCGCGACACUGCAUCGCCGGCAGGAAGUGGAAUGACAGGUCGUCUUUAACUCCAACGCGACGACCUCAGCGAUGCAACAGUAGCGUGGAGAAGGCAACGCUCGAGGGCGCGGAAGGGCACCUCGUCCGCCCCGGGAGUAGGACGAGGCGGCGCUGGUCCAUGGGGGAGGCGCAGCCGGCCGGCAACAAGCACCGCAGGCCGCCCCAGGUCGCCGUCGCCGCCGCGCCCACCAGCGCUGCCGACCGCAAGUGUAACCCAGAUCUCGUGACGAAUCUGCAGCCCUGGUCCCUAACGGGCUCGGACGACCUCCUGCAAGUGGCGCGGCGCAGAGACCACUGUGCGCCCCCGCCCCCGGGAGAGGACGCCAGGAACUCGGCUUUUUCGACGGCCGCGCUCGCCCAGGGGAUGAGGAACGCAUCCCUGCAGCAGUGGGUGAAGGAGCUGCGUGUGCUGUACGAGGCAGAGUGCAUGAACACGCUGCAGUCGAAGUCGGUGCCGCGGGAGAGUGCAGUCCCCGACCCAGCGGCGCACUCCACGCGGGAGGCAGUGCGCGCCAUCCAGUUCCGUGCGCAGGACGUCUCGACGGAGUUCGCUAAACUGUGCCAACGCCUGGAGUGGCUAGAGCUGGACCAGGUGCCCGUGCUGGCCAAGUCCCUGGUGUGUCACAUCAACACUUUCCUGAAGGACUACACCACGCAGUGGACGUCGGCCGAGAUAGACUUUCAGCCGCAGUCGUCGCUGGGUCGCCAGAGCAAAGUCAUCGAACAGAUCUGCCAACGACUUAUGGACGUGUGCAGUGACGACCACACGCGGGAGGCGGACGAGCAGGAGACGACCCGGCAGGUGGUGCAGGUGGUGACGGCUCUCGGCCACGCCUUCACCAAGCUGGUCGACCUCAUGAUCAGUCGCGAAAUUAAGAUUGUAAUCAGAUCCCUAGAGGACUACUGCAGCUUCAGGGACACGAGGGACGCCAUUAUGAGCCUGACUGCGAUGGGCACGGACGGGGGGCACAUCUGCCGCCUCAUCGCCCGACUCGGGGGCGUCCGGGCGCUGCUGGGCAUCUGCCUGGAGUCUCGGGCGGGCGUCGUUAGGGUGGACGCCCUUCGCGCUCUGGCCACCGUGUGCUGUGUCGUCGAGGGGAUUCUGGAGUUGGAGAAGGCGGGGGGCGUGGAGGUGGUGGCGGAGGUGCUGUGCGACGAGGAGUGCCCCGAGGAGGAGCGGAGCGAGGCGGCGGGCGUGCUGGCGCAGGUCACGUCGCCCUGGGUGGAGGACAACCACCGCCUGGCCGGCCUCCACGACAACAUGGACGCCAUCGUCGCCGCCCUCACAGGUCUCGCUCGCAGCACCGAGACGCCCGAGACCUUCCUGCUCGCCUCCGCCGCCCUCGCGAACCUCACCUUCCUGGACAGCGAAUUUGUGGACGCCAUGGUGGCUGCUGGGACCGCUCGCGUCCUCCUGCGGGCGGCGCGCGGAUGCCUCGCGCUCUCCAUCUUCACCAAAGACCAGAUCGCGACGGUGCUGGCCAACCUGGCGGGGUCUCGCGGGGCGGCCGAGGAGGUGGUGGCCGCGGGGGGCGUGUCCGUCCUGCUCGCCCUCCUCAACACGCGCGCCGCCCCCUCGCACCGCCUGCCGGAGGUCGCCACGGCGGAGCGCGUCCAGCAGAAGUCCGCCAUCGCUCUGUCCAGGCUGUGCGCGCGGGCGGCGGUGGCGCGGGAGGCGGUGGAGCGAGGCGGCGCCAGGAGGCUGGUCCGGCUGUGCAAGGACGAGGAGGAGAGGAACCACAGCGACUCAGUGCUUGUAGCUUGUUUGGCAGCGCUGAGGAAGAUGGCCUCCGCUCUAGGACCCGAGGAACUCCGCGAGAUGGGAGCGGCAGAGCUGGUCGAGCCUCGUUUACUAGAUUCCUUCCUGAUCUAUUCGUCCCGCCAGGAGAGCUUCGUGUAGCAAAAUAACUCGAAAA